AAGAUAUCGCCGUCCCAAACAAAAACGCAGCGGAGCUUCCAAAGCCAAACCAAAACCCUUGCCCCCUCUUCCCCUCCUCGUUCCUAUCGCCGCCACCCCUCUUCUCCUCGAUUUCAAGCACCACUCUCGACCCUGCUCCCCACCCCGCCCCACCCCACCGCACACCCUCCUCGCGCGCUCGCGGUCCCAAUGGAGACAGCCGCCGCCGUGUCCAUGUCCAGAUCCGCCUGCCGCGCCACGCUCCCCUUCCCGGCUCCACCCCAGCUCCAGGGCCGCGUCGCGCUCCCCCGCCGGGCGCUCUCCGGGGCGCCAGGGCCGAGGCAGCGCCUCGUCGCGCGCUGCGCGGCUGCCGACGACACGGCGGCGGCGGCGGCGGAGCUCCCCAUCGAGAAAAGGUUCGCCGCCUUCCCCACCAUCAUGGACAUCAACCAGAUCCGCGAGAUCCUGCCCCACAGGUUCCCCUUCCUCCUGGUAGAUAGGGUGAUCGAGUACAAGGCAGGGGAAUACGCCGUCGCCAUCAAGAAUGUCACGAUAAAUGACAACUUCUUCCCCGGCCACUUCCCGGAGCGGCCGAUAAUGCCCGGGGUUCUCAUGGUUGAGGCCAUGGCCCAGGUCGGAGGCAUCGUGAUGCUGCAGCCUGAAGUCGGCGGAUCCCAGGACAAUUUCUAUUUUGCAGGGGUUGAUAAGGUGCGGUUCAGGAAGCCGGUGAUUGCCGGGGACACUUUGGUCAUGAGGAUGACCCUGACCAAGUACCAGAAGAAGUUCGGACUUGCAAAGAUGGAAGGAAAAGCUUAUGUGGGUGGUGAUGUAGUAUGCGAGGGGGAGUUCCUCCUCAUUAGCGCCAAUGAAUGAACAGAUCUAGUGCUGUGCUAUGUGAUCCUCUCACAAGAUCUGAUUAGAAUGUGGCCAGGUUCAUUUGUUGAGAGAAUUGAGUUGUGAGCUCAACUUAGAACAUGGAGGCAAAUUUUCUUUUACAUCAGUAUGUGUAAUGUGAGUUGUGAGCUCAACUUAGAACAUGGGAGGCAAAUUUUCUUUUACAUCAGUUUGUGUAAUGCAGCAUAUGUGACUUGUGAACUGAACUUAAAACAUGGGAGGCAAAUUUUCUUUUA